AUGUCUGUUAGGAUGUCGGAUUAUGACCGUCCGACUUCCAGCACCCAUAAUCUUAAGGAACAAUCCUGGUAUUGCGGUAUGGUCACACGUAUCAAAUCUGAACAAAUGCUGAGAGAGAACGGAGAGUUUCUGGUCCGUGAUUCCAUUUCGAUGCCUGGAGAGUAUGUACUAACGGCUAUGUGGAAUGGACGACCACUACAUUUUCAGAUCAACACCACCUCCGAGAAUGGAAAGAAGGAGUUCCAUCUAGAAGAGGAAUCCUUUGCAUCUGUGCCAGCACUUGUGAAUUUCUAUAAAAGUCAUCGCCGUCCACUAACAAUCGCUUCUGGAUGUAUUAUUUCUACGUCCGUGGAUCGAUCUCGUGAAGGUGGAAGUGUUGGAGGACUAGAACUUGAGGCCAGCUAUAUGCAUGUGCUAAGACCACAUUUAAAUCAACCUGCUCCAAGAUCGCUUUCUCAGCGAGUUCUGUUGAACCAGACAGCGCUUCGUCAAAGUGCUGCGGCUUCCCAGCAGCGCCCGAAGUCCAGCAUUAGUCAUCACCAAAUUAGCAUUUCUCCUGAAACGGUGCUAGUACCUCCAGUUCCAGCUGCCUUAGCGAAUCGUCCGCUUCCAUUACCUAUUCGAUCACCAAGGAAUACACAAGAUGAUGAAGAGGAUUACUCGGAAAUGGAUUAUGACGCUAUGGAUGGAAUUUUGGAUGCUUCAUCAUUAUCCAUUAAUACCAGGGAUCGCAGUUGUAGUAUUACUUCAAUACCAUGCAUGUCCAGACAAUUUCAAUCCUGUCAGAAUCUAAGCCAUCGCUCAAAUUCCCCCUCUUUAAUAUCUAAAAUACCUCCUCCUUUGCCAGCUCGACCUCCUUUACCUCCAAGACCGUGCCUUAAAGUGGAAAUGAGCACAUCCUUCGAUGAACCCAGCGGUGAACGUUCUCAACCGGAAGAUGCAAGAGAUAGUGCAUUUUUAGACUACGAUGAACCGCGAACGAAGCUCCAUGAGGACAACUACGACAAAUUGCCUCCAACAAGAUCACGCAGUUCUGAAUCGGAACGAAAUCGUCUGAGCAGGUCAAGCGAUUGUGACGGGACUGAUGAAGGUGUGAGAGAUUCCAGAGAUUCCGGGAUUUAUAGCUCCCCUUCACCACCUGAUGAUCAUCAUGCUUCCCUAUCGCAGGUGCAUCUGAUGCAGCUCAAACAGUUUCUGCUCACAAAACGGCCAGAUGAGAUAUCGAUGGCAAUAUCGCAUGAACACGCGAAAAUGUUGCGAUUUCUUGGAGAAAUUGAGAACUCGGAGAACAGAGCAAACAAUGGAUUACGUCUGAUAUUACUUCCGAGCGGAGCCUCUUUGCGACAAGAACUACUGGAGAGGAGUUCCAUGUUGCACUACUCCUGCUUGCUGUCUAUUCUUUCCGGUGCUCGCAAGGAUGCACCGCUCAUAAUGAAAAAAUGGAUACUCACCGGUGUCGCUCUGGCUCGUAACGGAGAUGCCUUCGCAUGCGCUUGCGUAGCCGAAGCUCUGAAUGAGUCAACGCUACGCUGCUUACCAUGGCUUUGGACCUCACUCGAUUCUCCAACAAAAGGUGAAUACGAAGCACUUCGAAAUCUGGAAGGAUCCUUGAGGAGAGGUGAAAAGCUGGAGUGUCAUCAUUACAAGACGGUUAUUCCGUUUCUGCAACCGAUCCUGGACAUUAUGUCGGGUCAAGAGUCACACUAUUUGGAUCGAACCAGUUAUGUUUCUGAAAUUGACACUUUGUGGGCGUGGUUAGAUCGCGCUCGCGAUUGGUGCUUACGAGCUGACGAAUCGUGUAGGGUGGCGAAUUUCAAGUAUGGUCGAGCUGACAGCAGCGUUAUGGCACCGUCAUUCCUCAGUCGACUGUUCGUUGGAGGAACAUGCGUUGAGGAACGAGAGAGGGUGCUCAACGGUGUAAUCCAACGGGCUAAGGAUCAAUGUUAA